AUGGAUGUGAUUAAGUUACUAGGAGAAAUCCAAAUCACAGAGUCAAAAAAUCGGCAUGUCAGAAAUGAACAGCUUCUUGAACCAAUGUGUGUACCUGUGUUACGGAGAUCUUUCACAGUGAUGGGUGAUAAUGAGAUUCGCCAUAUCUCCUGUGUGACAACAGACAUGGUAUGGAUCAAUGAUCAAUCUGGACGUAUCAUCUUGACAAAUCCGAAUGGUGAACAUCUACAUAUUUUUAAAGAUACAAAUAGUUAUACUGGAGGACACUCCAUGACUCUUGAAGGGAAUCUGAUUUACAUAGACAGAUUUAAUAACGUCAACCAAUUGUCAACAGACAACAUAAUUACACUCAUAAAGAUAGCAGAAUCGUGGAAAGCAAAGUGUGUGUACUGUUCUCCCUCUAAUGGAGAUCUUUUGGUCGGGAUGAAUGUAUACUAUUUUGAUCAAGAUAAAAUGUUUAUAGAGGCCAAAGUUAUGCGAUAUAACAGUACAAAACAACAAAUCCAGUUCAUUGAAAACUGUAACACUCGUCAGAAACUGUAUAUAUUUCCUAAAUACAUCACAGAGAACCACAAUGGAGAUGUUAUUGUUUCUGACUUGAACCAUGGUAUAGUAGUAACAGAUCGUGAAGGAAAACAUCGCUUCUUCUACACAGGACCUUCUUCAGGACCACGACUAUCACCACGGGGAGUGUGUGUGGAUGCAAUUUCGAACAUCCUGGUGUGUGAUAUUAAAAGUAAAACAAUUCAAAUGAUUGACAAAGACGGUCACUUUUUUUAUCACUGUUGUUCACCAAUCAAAACAAAAUCAAUGUAUCAGGAGGUCUGGAUUAUGACCACAGAAAUCACCUUCUUUUAG